AUGCAUUGCGAGGGCUGCUACAACUCCGUUUCCGCAGCCGUAGGAGCCAUCAGCGGAAUCGAAGAGACCCGCGGAAACCUCAAAGAACAAACCGUGUGGGUUAAAGGCGUCGCGCCACCCAGCGCAAUUGUAACGGCCAUUGAAAACACAGGACGAGAUGCCAUUCUCCGUGGCAGUGGCUCUACCGACAGCUCUGCUGUUUGCAUUCUCGAGACACACUCGAGCACUGUCUUAAAUAAAGUUCGGGGACUGGCUCGCAUGGUCCAGGUCGCCCCGAAAAUGACCCUCGUCGACUUGACUAUCAACGGCCUUGCUCCUGGUCAGUACUCGGCUACGGUGCGCCAGACAGGUGAUAUCUCGCGCGGUGCUGAGUCUACCGGUGGGAUUUGGGAGGCACUUAAGGAAAAGGUUACUGGUGCUAGUACCAGCCCCGCGGAGACGACGCGGGGUAUAUUUGGCAAGGUUGAUGUCGAUGAGAAGGGCCGCGGCAGUGUGUUCAUGGAUCAGCCUGUGGCGAUCUGGGAGUUGAUUGGACGCAGUAUGGUUCUGUCCAAGAGUGUUGAGGGUCCCUUCCAGCGCCAAGACGAGAAUACCCUCGUCGGUGUCAUUGCCCGCAGUGCGGGUGUGUGGGACAAUGACAAGAUGGUUUGCUCAUGCUCUGGUAAGAAUGUCUGGCAGGAGCGCCAGGAGCAGGUUGUCAAUGGUAUGGCUUAG